GGUAGGAGCUCCCAGAGCUAGACCAAGCUAAUGGACACUGGACCAGAGCUGAGUGACCACCAGGUUCAGGGUUUGGGCACCAUUUUGAAACUCCUACGACCUUAGAGCAACCAAGACUAGUAAGGGAGCCAGGGAUCCAGUGGCUCCUGUCUCCUGCCCCCUGAAGCUAAACUGGGCUCGCCUGACAGUCACCUGAGGUCACGGUAGCCAUCUGUCUGUGGUCAGAAGGAAGGGAGAGCCACCAAGACCUGCAAGGCACGGGGCUGCUGCGGCUGAAGGUUCAGGUCAGGGGCCCUGACGUUAAACUGCUGGGUGGGAUAGAGGCCGAGUAGGAGGAACCACCUGCUCUCACCUGCUUUGCCCUCAGCAAAUCUAGGAUUGGGCCUGGGUCUCUUUCCUGGAAAUCCAUGCCGAAUUCCCUUGCUGGUGGCCAGUUCCCCAACCCUACUUUGGAUGCCAUUGACCUGGUGGACCGGAAUCUGAGAAAUUCAGGGACCUCCAGUUCUAUCCCAGGCUUGGAGGAGGGAGGCACAGACCCCUGGGCCUUCCCUCAGCUGAAGAACGCUGACGAACUGAAAGAGGUCAGCAUGGCCAGCAGGCUUCACCAGGUGGUCAUCGGCUUCCUCAAGGCGUGUGGACUCCUGGGGAGCCUCUACUUCUUCAUCUGCUCCCUGGACAUCCUCAGCUCCGCCUUCCAGCUGCUAGGCAGCAGAAUGGCCGGAGACAUUUUCAAGGACAAUGUGGUACUGUCCAACCCCGUGGCUGGCUUGGUCAUCGGCGUGCUGGUCACAGUCCUCGUACAGAGCUCCAGUACAUCCUCCUCUAUUGUGGUUAGCAUGGUGGCCUCUAAGUUGCUGACUGUCCAGGUGUCUGUGCCUAUCAUCAUGGGCGUCAACGUGGGCACUUCCAUCACCAGCACCCUGGUCUCGAUGGCGCAGUCAGGGGACCGGGAGGAGUUCCAGAGGGCUUUCAGCGGCUCGGCUGUGCAUGGCAUCUUCAACUGGCUCACAGUGUUGGUAUUGUUGCCACUGGAGAGCGCCACGGCAGCAUUAGAGAGGCUGAGUGAACUGGCCCUGGGUGCCGCUAGCCUCCAACCUGGGGGGCAGGCCCCCAAUUUCCUCAAGGUGCUGACGCAGCCUUUCACACACCUCAUCAUCCAGCUGGAUACCAACAUGAUUACCAGCAGUGCUACCAGCAACACCACUAACGGCAGCCUGAUUAAACAAUGGUGUGACGUCCAGGGGAAAACACCGCCCCAGGGCUUCCACCCCUGCAGGGAGAAUAAUAGCACAACGACUCUGGCUCCGGAGAACAGAGUGCCUUGCCAUCACCUGUUUGUGGGCACGGGGCUCACGGACCUGGCUGUGGGCUUCAUCCUGCUGGCGGGCUCUCUGCUGGUGCUCUGUUCCUGUCUGGUCCUCAUUGUUAAGCUGCUCAACUCUGUGCUGCAGGGCCGCAUCGCCCAGGCUGUGAAAACGGUCAUCAAUGCGGAUUUCCCCUUUCCCUUUGGCUGGCUCAGCGGCUACUUGGCCAUCCUUGUUGGUGCAGGCUUAACCUUCUUGCUGCAAAGCAGCAGUGUAUUCACAGCUGCUAUCGUGCCUCUCAUGGGGGUUGGGAUAAUCAACCUGGAACGGGCCUACCCCCUCUUCCUGGGCUCCAACAUUGGCACCACCACCACAGCCCUGCUGGCUGCCCUGGCCAGCCCCUCAGACAUGCUGCUCUUUGCAGUCCAGGUUGCUCUCAUCCAUUUCUUCUUCAACCUGGCUGGCAUACUGCUGUGGUACCUGGUGCCUAUCCUGAGACUACCCAUUCCACUGGCCAAGCGUUUUGGUGACCUGACUGCCCGGUACCGCUGGGUAGCCAUUGUCUACCUACUAUUCACUUUCCUGCUGCUGCCCCUGGCAGCCUUUGGACUUUCCCUGGCAGGGGGCUCCGUGCUGGCUGCAGUGGGAGGUCCUCUGGUGGGGCUGGUGCUCCUUAUCAUCCUGAUUAAUGUCCUGCAAAGACACCGGCCAUCUUGGCUGCCUCCCUGUCUUCGAUCCUGGGACUGGCUGCCUCUCUGGCUCCAUUCUCUGGAGCCUUGGGACCGUCUGGUGACUGGGUGUUGCCCCUGCAGGGCUUGCAGCAAGUCCAGUAUGACCAGCAAAGUGGCUAACUGCUAUGAGAACCCAGAGGUCAUAGCUUCCCAACAGUUAUGAAAAGUUGGUGCUGUAGUCCAUCUCCCCAGCUCCACCAGCUUCAGGGCACUGGAGGCUGGAGAGACUGCCUGCCAGUCUUCCUGGGGAGGAGGGGUAGGGCUCCGCGUGGACUUCCUAGACUCCUGCGUGCCAUUCUUUGCAAAUAAACGGCGCUAUCACCAAG